UGUGCAAGAUAACUUAGUUGUUUCCCGACUGACAACUAGUCACAAUAACAAAUAACAAACGUCUGUUGUUUGUUAUCACUAGCUUAUUCCGUUGGGCGGGAUAAUGGCUCGGGUGGUGAAGAAGGCUGUUUAUGGAACAUUACCUAGCCAUAGUCGAGUGCAGCUUUUGCAGCGGGAACCCACCUCAAGAAAUUCGCAGCACAAUAGCAUCACAUCGGAAAGGGAAGAUUCACAAUCAGAGACUAGUUCCUCGUCCGGAAACAGUUCCGUAGAAUGUAGCCCCCGACGAAAGGAUGAAUUUUUACGUUACGAAGACAGUGAUGAAGAAGAAACGUAUACUACUUCUAGCAAAAUCUCACAUAGCUUUGUAGAUCUGGUAUCACAACGGUCUCUGGGACAUGGCCAUCCUGCUAGUGUUAAUUUAGAGUAUGGAACAAGACAUUUACUGACAAAUGGAAAUCUCAGGGAACACACAACACAUUUGGGUGAGAUGAACAAAAUCUUCUGUUCCCAGUGGCUUAAUGGACACCAAAUAGUGUUUGGUUCCAAAUGCAAUAAGUUAUCUGUUUAUGACCUAAAUAAAAAGGAACUGUUUUCCAUACCACUGUUGACAAGCUUGCAAAACCGACAACCUGAAAGCCAAUGUGGCAUCCAUGCAUUGGCCAUCAACCCUUCCCAGUCUGUUCUAGCCACAGGUGCAGAAAACACCAAUGAUAUCGCCUUUUACUCCCUACCGACUUUUGACCCGCUCGCCAUCGGCGAGGGCGCGCACGGUGACUGGAUGUUUGAUCUAAAGUGGCUGGACGAUUGCUUUCUCGUUUCGGGAUCGAGAGACACCACAAUGGCCUUGUGGAAAUUGGAAGAUGCAAAUAAUCCUACGGUGACCAAUUUCAAGGCCCUGGCUGUUAAACGAUGCAAAACGGCCGAGAAAGUGCGAGCUUUGGCGUUCAACAAGAGAGAUGUUGAAAUCGCCGCUCUCAGCCUCAAUGGCUACAUCCAUUUGUGGAAGGCCGACACAUUCAAACAAAUGGGGUCCCAAAAACUACACCACGGCACAGAGAAUGUGUGCCUGGGAUAUCACGACGAGCGCAACUUAUAUGCCGUUGGUUCCCGCUCUCACACUACUGUGCUAGACGCGCGUAGUCUCCAGCCUAUCCAGAAUAAAAAUAUUGCUUCUCCUUACCCGACGUGUGGCAUUCGAUCUGUCAGCUUCCGUGGGGAUAUUUUGACUAUUGGGACCGGGACCGGAUCCAUCCUGUUUUACGAUCUGCGAUCUUCAAAAUAUAUGCUUUUCAAAGAUACGACUAAAGAAAUUGUAUUCAAAACCAGUACCGGCUGGGUGGUACGUAUCGAUGUUUGGCAGCGGAUGAUUCUCCGCAAGCUAUGGCACGUUAUACGCCAGCUAUUUACACCCAUUGCUACGAUUCGAGUGGAACUCGGCUGUUCGCAGCUGGUGGACCAUUAGCGGUUGAACGCCGAGGCAACUAUGCAUCCGUUUGGAGUUGAUUUUGAAAUAACCGCCAAAGCCAUGCCGUCGGGAUCUCUUUACAAAUAAAUCUCACACACACAAAAAAAACGCAAGUCGAAAUAAUACUACAUUAUUCAGUUUUCCUUGUUAAUUCGUUCUUUUUUGUAAUUCUAUCGUACGGGAUUGACAAAAAUUUAGGGGCGAAAUUUAGUACAAUAACAGAGAAACGUUGUUAUAUUGACAUUAACUUAUGAAUUAUUGAUUGUUGAUUUGGUGAAAAUAAAGCUGCUAACCAAAGUUA